UGCAAUCUUAUAUUCCCAUAGAAAUGGACGUAGAGGAGACCCAAACCACCUCCAACACCGUAAGGUCCGAAAUCGCUGUUCCCAAAGCGUCGGCUGCACCCGUUGCCGCUCCACGGACCAGGGUUAUGCGACCACCGCCAUCCACCGAAGCAGUCAGGGAGAUGAGGGAAGAGCAGCUGUUGGAGCCACAGGGGCCUCCAUGUUGCAGCCUGUGCCAUCGCCCACACGCCCUGAAACGAUGUACCAUCUUUAAGAGCAUGAAGCCCGCUCAACGAAAACAGGUUGCAAGAGCCCAUGGGCAUUGCAUGACCUGCCUGGCAGAUGACCACGCCACCAUAGAGUGCUGGGCCGACGGCGCCUGUCAAUAUUGCCAGAGGCCCCAUCACACUCUUUUUCAUCGUUUUCCCCGCCGAGCCAAUCCGUCGGAAAGUAGCACCAACACCCGUACCAGACCACGCAUCGAUGCUAUCCGGCGACGUCGAAGCAGCCAAUCAACGACAACACGUACACGGCCAUCUCCGCCACGCCAGGCUCAUUGCCAGCAACAACGACGCUCAACAGGGUUGAGCGCUGUACUUAACACACUGCAACAGCUGCAGCGGCUCCUAGCCGAUUAA